GGAUUGUAAAGGCCGGCUCUUUCUGCCUUCAUAAUGCCUCAGAACGAGUAUAUCGAGCGAUGGCAGAAACAAUACGGGGAGCGCCUUGACCACGAGGAACGCACCCGCAAGCGCAUAGCUCGUGAAGCGCACAAGCAAUCUCACGAUGCACAAUCCUUCCGCGGCCUACGGGCCAAGCUGUACCAAAAGAAGCGCCAUGCGGAGAAGAUCGAGAUGAAGAAACGGAUAAGGGCGCAAGAAGAGAAAAAUGUCAAGUCGUCUGCACCUAACGAACCAUCCUCCACGCCACUACCAAACUACCUUCUCGACAGGUCCCAGGAGACUAAUGCGAAAUCGCUUUCAAGCGCCAUUAAGAAUAAGCGUGCUGAGAAGGCGGCCCAGUUCUCAGUCCCUCUACCAAAAGUUAAGGGAAUAAGCGAAGAGGAGAUGUUCAAGGUUGUCAAGACGGGAAAGAAGACAGCGAAAAAGUCGUGGAAACGUAUGAUUACCAAGCCUACCUUUGUUGGCGCCGACUUCACCCGGAGACCAGUCAAGUACGAACGUUUCAUUCGACCCAUGGGUCUGCGUUAUAAGAAAGCGAACGUCACGCAUCCGAAAUUGGGCGUUACUGUACAGCUACCGAUUAUCAGUGUCAAGAAGAACCCUCAGAGCCCUAUGUAUACGCAACUGGGAGUGUUGACCAAGGGAACUAUUAUCGAAGUCAACGUGAGCGAACUGGGACAAGUCACGGCGAGCGGAAAGGUCCUAUGGGGCAAGUUCGCACAAAUAACCAAUAGUUGUGAAAAUGAUGGAUGUGUUAAUGCCGUGCUUCUGGUGUAAUCCUCUUCUUUAUCUUACAACCUUUGAUGACACCUUUUCGCUCCCAUAACUCUCCUUCAUUUCCACGACUUCAAGGAAUGGCCUGUAACCGCCAGCUUCGGCACUCGACUUUCAACGUAGAAAAACUUUCUUUCCUCCUAUCAAGAAAACAUGAUAGAAGGAAUCAAAACGCAUUGAGUUAAAUACCGUCAAUUACCUCACCUAACUUUUUUUUUCUUUUCUUUUUCUUUCAAUGGCGUUUUGGCGAAAUAGUGGUGGAAACUAAACGAUGCAAGAUUUCCUCUGGUGGGGUUUCUUGUGAUUUUCAAUUUUGCAUCUCCUUCAAGGAUUUUUUAGAACCCCCUUCUUUUCGUGUGAGGGAACCCAAUUUCCUUUUCUCCUAUCUCUCUCCCAACAUGAGAUGGAGGACAGAACCUCGCUAUUUUUAGGACAGAAGUUUUUUUGAUUUACAUAAAUCUACUCUGUCUACUUUGUCCUUUCGGCCACUUACUACACCGCUAACCUUCUCCAUGUCGUAUUUCAUGAAACGAGAAAAAGGGAAAUGAAAAAGUGAAAAUAAUCUUAUAUCUAUAUACAACUCUGCAAAUGCCACAAACAGCAAAUAUGUGCUUACAGGAGGUACUAGAUAAAUGACCAAAAAAAAAAAAAAAAACGAGAGAGAGAGAGGAGGGGGGGAGAGGGGAAGUAAAGAGAGAAAAGGAAAAACCAAACAAACCAGCACAUAGCGAGGCAGGUAUCUUAAUAUAAAUCACCCGUUUUUUCUCCUUGACCACAAAUCCACAGAUUGUCAACAAGCAGCCCUCGGACCUCAUCUUCGACCUUCCAUUGUUUCUCCGUCUUCUCCCCCUCUCCUUCCAUUGACGUCGCCGGCGACACGAGCCCAGGCAUGGCAGGCGGCAACGAGCUAGAUCUAGGAUCAACAACACCAACAUUGACACUGGCAUUGACGUUACGACUCCGCUGGCCCAGGCUCCUGUUGUGAUUGCUACUCUGGUUCAGAUUCCGGCUUGCUGACUCGAGGGCUAGUUGCAGUUUCGAGCUGUCCACAGGAGCCUCUGUAUUUAUUAUGGAUGCGUUAUCCACGAGUGGGGUCCUGCAAUGGUGUUGCAGACCCUGGUGGUGACCGCGCUGAUGCCGGCGGAGAGUAUUACGGCUCUCGGCUCCCCUAGGACUACGAGCCGGAUUCAGCAGAUGCGGAUAGGCAUAUUCCCCCAUUUCCAUUUCCUCCACUGUCUCGACAUCCUCCAUCCCCACCUCCGGUUCCGGGUCGACAUCCAACCCUUUAUUGUUUUCGACGAUGUUAAUAAUCUCACCAACAGCACUAGGGAUGGUCCUGACUCUAUGGAGUCCCUUCCCGCUCCGAUUCCUACCGCCAUCCCCGUAACCGUCCGCGACAACCUCUCCCAGACCCUUCUUCGGCGGCACAUUCUCCAGCAAACCCAUUCCCGCAUCCAGCCCUUCAAUCACCCCAGCCAAAAAUUCUGCGUCCUUGCAACUAACGCUUAGCGUCCAUCGAUACUCGUCCAGCCGCAUUCGAUAAAAUUCCUCCUCCUCGCUCGUCAGUGCCGUAGCCCUCAACAAAAUCCCAAACGAGCUGAUCAACGCAAAGUUUGUCCGAGACGAUGAGGGCCAGAAUGACCGUAAAUGCGCGGGACGCAGUCGAUUGACAAAGUCCAUGGCGGAAAUUAGCCGCGAUUUCGCUGCUGAACGGCAGAUGUGGGAUAAGUAUGGGUCUGCGGAGUCCGGGCCUAGGGAGCGGAUUAUGCUUCUGUGUAGAGUUAUCUCAGUCGCGAAGUAGGCGAGGUGGAGGCCCCCGUUGAAGUCUGUAUGGCAAGGGUUAUUUGUAUUUGGAAUUGCUUCUACGUUCUUGGAGUCGAUGUUUGUGUUGCCGCCGUCUCUACUAUUGUCAUCAUUCCAGGGGUAUUGGUAAUGAUGAUCUAUUCUCAAUUCAUCCGGUAGACACGCAAACC